GGAGCCUCAGCAACUACAUCAGUCUCCUCAACUCUACCCAUCUCUCAGACUCCCGAAGACACAGGAAUUAGCACUUCUUCUCCAAAGCCAGUACCUAUAAGCCAAGCAACCCUUACUUGUCUGCCUAAUUACAUGCGGGCAAUCAUCAGGAGAUCCUACUUCAACUCCCGAGGGUACUUUGCAAGUGACAUCCACCUGAGGGACCCCAGCUGCAAGCCUGUGAUUAGCAGCUACCAUGUCAUGUUCCGCAUACCGUACGACGGCUGCGGCACGCAGAGGCUGAUAUCGCGUGAAGCCAUCACUUACUCCAACACAGUGGAAGGAUCCAUUUCUGGCAACUUCUACAGCAGAAACAGAAAUUCGCUGAUAAACUUUGCCUGCAAAAUAUACAACAGCGCUGGUGCCCAAUCAAUACCCAGCGUCAUACAGCCUCCAUACCGGGAAACCCCAUCUAGACAAUUUGUUGUCAAGUUUGCCUUUUAUGAUUCACCAUCUUUCUCAAAUGUAGUGAGGGCAGCACCAUACUACGUUUUGCCGAACAGGGAUUUGUUUGUUCGCGCUACCCUGUACAGCGCACAGCCAAACCUGAUGCUGUUCACAGACACCUGCGUGGUCUCUCCAAAUCCUCACGACUUUACGACUGUGGCAUCCGAUAUAAUACGAAGAGGGUGUGUCAGAGACCCAACUUAUAGGAGCUACUUGUCACCAGACAGGAGGAUUGUCCAGUUCCGAUUCAGAGCCCCCAGCUUUAUCAGCAGAUACUCAUCAGUUUACCUACAGUGCAAAAUGGUGGUGUGCGACAGAUACGAUUAUUCUUCUCGAUGCUACCAGGGCUGCCUAGGGAGAAGCAAAAGAAGCACGGGAGAUGGCGAUGAAAAUGUCGUUACCGUUGUCUCCAGACUACAGUAGCCCCAAUAACUCUUCUUCUAAUUAUAAUAUGUUGAUCACUUAAAUAUGUGAUCACUAGGUUGCACACCUGCUAAUAAAUUCUAAAAAUACAUACUAGGGGGCGUAAAUCUGAACGUAUUUCAAUCUUAACUGUACUUGUGUUCCUUAAUUUCAGACCUUUGGGUCUACAUUCCGGAUUUGUAAAGCCUAAACUUCAGUAAAAACUCUCAGUGAUACACUGUAAUUGGAUCAGCUUUUUUUCACCAAGACUGUUUCCCCCUUUUGGUUCUUUGGUUCUCCCCAUUGUUUGCAUAGCUCAAAUACUUAGUAUUCAAGAAUUAUUAACCUGCCUUAUAGAUGUAAGCAGCGGUGUUGCUUUAUGAGGUCAAGAAGAAUAAGAAUCCCUUGUAACCAAUAAUGUCUGAGCAAUUAUUUUAAAAAGGAACUCAAAAAUAUUUGGAGAAAUAUUGUACAUGCCCAGAGAUAUAAUCUCUGUGA